UGCUUCGGCUGCCUUUUCCUUUUUCAUCCCUCUUUCAAUUCCCCCUUUCGUCACUCUUCUCUCUAUAGCCUACUCCGUUAGGGUUUUGUGCUUUUGAAUCCAUCUGUUAGGGUUCUUUUUGGUCGGCGGACGAGAGAAUGGGCAGCAACAAGGACAACUUCGACGUUUCCGAUCUCACCGCUGCCUUGAAUGCGGGGGACAGAGCCGAGCUUGUUAAUGCUCUCAAGGAUAAGCUUCAGGAUCUCGCUGGUAAGCACUCGGAUGUGCUCGAGCAUCUGUCUCCCACUGUCAGGAAGAGAGUUGAUGUGCUGAGGGAAGUUCAGUCUCAACAUGAUGAUUUGGAGGCAAAGUUUUUCGAGGAGAGAGCAGCUCUUGAGGCUAAAUACCAGAAAUUGUAUCAACCUCUUUACGUGAAGAGAUAUGAGAUUGUGAAUGGUGUGGCCGAGGUGGAAGGAGCUGCUCCAACAAGUGAUGAAGACAAAGAUGAGAAGGGUGUGCCUGAUUUUUGGCUCAUUGCAAUGAAGAAUAAUGAGGUGCUUGCUGAGGAGAUAUCCGAGCGUGAUGAAGCAGCCUUGAAGUUCCUCAAAGAUAUAAAGUGGUCCAGAAUUGAUAACCCCAAAGGAUUCAAGCUUGAUUUUUACUUCGAAACUAAUCCAUUCUUUAAAAACACCGUUCUCACCAAAACUUAUCACAUGAUUGAUGAAGAUGAACCCAUCCUGGAGAAAGCAAUCGGGACUGAGAUCGAGUGGUAUCCUGGAAAAUGUUUGACCCAAAAGAUUCUUAAGAAGAAGCCAAAAAAGGGGUCGAAAAAUGCUAAGCCGAUUACCAAGACUGAACAGUGUGAAAGCUUCUUCAAUUUCUUCAGUCCUCCUCAAGUUCCAGAUGAGGAAGAGGAUAUUGAUGAGGAUGCCGCCGAAGAACUCCAAAAUUUGAUGGAACAAGAUUAUGAUGUUGGGUCGACCAUAAGAGACAAAAUCAUCCCUCAUGCAGUUUCAUGGUUUACUGGUGAGGCUGCUCAAGACGAGUAUGGUGAUGUGGGCGAUGACGAAGACGAUGAACUCGAUGAAGACGACGAUGAAGAUGAGGAUGAUGAGGAAGAAGAUGAGGAGGAUGAUGAAGAUGACGACGAUCAGGAAGAAGUUGUGACGAAAUCCAAAAAGAAGCCAUCAGUCGUGCGCAAGAAAACUGCAAACGCACCUUCCGGCGACGGACAGCAGGGCGAGAGGCCUCCGGAGUGCAAGCAACAGUGAAAACGUGGAUUGAUCAUCAGGUAUUCUAUGAUUGGAAAUCGUCAUUAAAAAGUCCAUCCGUGUAUCUAGAGACGGUGUUUUGAAGUCUUUUGUCGCUCUCCUUAAGUUGAUUUGUUCUCGGUAAAAAAAAAGGAUUAUUAAAAUAGAUUGUUGCCAUUGCUGUGUUAAUUUUCGUGCUUGCUGGUUGGGUCUUCUUCUGUUGUUUAUUGGAGAGAGUAUGCCUAUAAAUUUUGUCCAUUUAUGAUUUUGCUGUUUCUAUUUCCAGCCUUCGUUAUUUGAACAUGUUACUGUCGAGUUCUUAUUGAAAAUUCUUUGGUUUGGUUCU